CAUCAGAAAGAAGGAUAAUUAACGCCGAACUGAAACACAUCACUUUCGAGUUUCGUGUUGUCAUUUUUUUUCCGAAUUGUGUUUUGUUUCAUCAAUUUGUUUUUUAACCAACCUUUAAUUAUCGUGCUUGUGUGUGAUUUUUUUCUAAUAUUUUAAUGUAGAAUGGAAAAAAAGAAUGUGUGGUCAACUUCGGAUAUCGUGGCAAAUCGAAACAAUUGGAGUUUAGCAGCGGAUGUUGAAUUACUCAAACACUUACAAUCCUUAUCAGAAAAAAUCCUCGCCAAGGCUAACGCAUCUUUACAGUCGUUGAAUUCAUUCGAAAAUGAUGUUAAUCAGACUUGUAUUUCAAUUGCCAACACUAGUAACAAAUUCAAAUCCUUAUCAGAUACUCAAUUUAUCGAAAGUAAAGUGCAGGAGGAAAACUCAGACGUGAAUGAACAACCUGGUUCGCAAAAUGAAACGCCUGAUAAUCGAGAAAACCAAAACAUUACGGUAAAAUUGAAAGAAGCUUUGGAAAAUGGUUUUCAAGUUUUAGACACACAAUACGAUGUUAUUCCGGUGUCUGGUAGUGAUUCGGAAGACGAUGGACCUGAGGAGAUUUUGCUUCGAGCUCGGAAUCCUUAUUUAAGUCGUCGACUUCCCCAUAUUAUCGGUAGUGAAGAAUUCACCAGAAACGAUAACUUAGGGUUAAUCGAUUCUUCUUCCGAAGAAGAAGAUGAGGAGGAGGAAGAAGAUGACGAUGAAGACGAUGAUACCGAUGAUAACGAAGAAAAAGCAAAGAAACCUCUAAUUGAUUCGGACGAAGACAGUAUUUCAAUACAAAAAUCUCCGUCCCCUAAGCAAGAAUUCCUUCGACCUCGAACCCAAAUAAUAAGAAUCUCAAGUUCUGAUUCUGAAGACAGCGAUGUGUCCAUUCCAUGCGAUAGAAGUAAUGUCGUACAAGAAAAAGUAAGCUCAGAAAAUAAGAAAAAGCCUGUUGAAAUGUCCAAGGAGAACGAUAACGACCACAAUCCAAGCAGUUUUGCUGAUCAUUUGAAUGCUGCUUUGAAAAACAAUCCGCGCAAUAUUUAUAGCAUUGUGCCUCCAGAUUUCGCGGAUACCUUUUCUCCACCGCCUUUUCCGGGUGUGAAUAACGAUGUUAGUAGUGAAGGUGAUGGUGAUAGUGAAGACGACGGUGAUAUUUUUUCUACUAAAAAGAAUACGAAACAUUCCAUUAGAAAUACAAAUUACAAGUCUAAUUAUGGCGAUGAAAGUGAUGACGACGACGACUGGAAUACUGAAAAAACAGGCGUUACUUCUCAAAAAUCUGGUGCUCCUGGAGAACCAUCGCAGUCAACUCGAAAAUCAUCUAUUGUUAGUAAAACUAGUCAACAUUCCGAUACAUCAAGUUCCUCAAAAGAUUCGCACGUUACUAGCGACAAAUCGGCUACGCAGUCACUGCCAAAAUCUAAAAUCGUUCAACCAAAUACGAACCCUAUGAAUAAAAGGAUGGCCGCUGCCAUCAAUGCUGAGCUGAGUGCGAAAUUGAAUCUUAAAAAUCCAUCUAACAGCAAAUCAUCGGAAAAUCUUACUUCGGCCAAAACUUCCAUCAAGUCUACAGAAAGUCGCACACCUGUUGAAACUCCUCCAGCUAAGUCAUCAGAAAAUACCACUCCGGUAAAAUCUACAAAGCCUUCGAAAACCGGCGAAUCAAUUCAAUCAACUACUUCGAAAACCGAAUCCAAACACACUGCGAUGUUCGAGAAAAUCGAUGACGAAAAUAGCAGCGAAAAUGACGACGAAGAUGAUCUAUUCAAAGGAAUAUCGGUGGCAAAGAAAACAGCUUCUCAAAAUACUAAAAAAACUAAAGGCUUAUUCGGCGAUGAUGAUAAUAUCGAUAAUUUAUUCAGUCCGGUGAAAUCGACUCGAAGCGUUGCAAAAAAAUCGACUGAUUUGUUUUCAUCCGAAUCUACGAGUAGUAAACCGGUCAAGUUGGAUGAAACUGUCAAUAAACCUGCAGCGAAACUUCCGGUUGUGGACUUGCUGAAGAAAACAAGCGAUCUUUUUGCGAGUGAUUCGGAAUCAGAAGAUGACAUCUUUUCGAUAAUCAAAGGUCAGAAGAAAGUUGAUACUGAUAUUUUCAAAACCAAAACCGAUACGUUGGAAAAUAGUUUCAGUGGUUCUAAACCGACUACGAAUUCGAAUAAACGAACUCCAACAGUUGAUCCUAUCUCAAAAUCUGACCCGUUGGAAGUCAACUCGUCGUCACUUUUUAUAGAACAACAGUUACCAUUUCAAAAAGCUUCGAUAAAAUCAACAAAUUCAUCAUCGGAACAAAGCAUUACUAAACGAAACGAUGUCAUCAACGUUGUGCCUUCUUCCGAAGAUGAUUUAUUUGAAAAUGUGAAAAAAACAACUGCAGACUUAUUUCAAUCCGAUUCCAACGAUGAUGGCGAUGAUUUGUUCGGUAAAAAGUUGAAAUCCGAUAGGCAAACGUUAGUGCGUGAAAAUGCGAGCGUGUCAAAAUCAUCUGAUCUGUUUGUUGAUACCUCUGAGGCUGAAAAGUCGAAAACAGAUAUUAUUUCGUCGGCUGAAAGUGUUUCAAAAAAUUUAGGCGAUGUGACGAAAAAGUCAGAACCAGAUCAGAGUACAUCGAGCGAGUCUUUGAACGAGACUGAGAAGCCUUCGCUUUCGGAGAAAAAUACAGUUCAGUCCGACAAAGUGAACGAUAUUAUUGCAACAAUUCGAUCGCCAAAGUUAUCAUCAUCGUCGUCAUCAUCUGACAGUGAAGAUGUAAAAAAACAAAACACCUUCGUCACCAAAGUGUCUGAUGCAUCUAAAAAAGAUAAAAAUGAAAAGUCUGUGGCCAGGCCAUCGCGAACUGAAGACGAUCUAUUCGAUGAAUUGUCGCAUACAAAUGACUUAUUCAGCGAAUACGGUAAAUUUGCUACAGGCGUUAAAAGUUCCAACAAUAAUGACGAUGUAUCGUCGUCCGCAAAAGAGGACAUUUUCGGCGGAACGUACGAAACUAGGAGUGCUAUAUUUUCUCCUCCUAAAGAUGAUUUAUCAGAUGGAUUUUCCGAAGAUGAUGACAUUAAAGAGAGCAAUUACCUAUCGCAAGAAGAUGACGACUUAUUUGGCGAAAAAUUCGAACCGCCGCCUUUUCAACGAGGUAUCCCUGAUGAUAAUACUAAUUUCGAUGAUGAAAGCUCUGCAGAUUUUCAAGAGCAGCAGAAAAAAUCAUCGACUACUGAUGCGGUUGCUGUUGUGGACGAUCUAUUCGCCAAGAGCACCAGUUCGUUGCCAGUUAGUGGUGAUGUAUUUCACGAAACUGAUUUAUUUGGAGGUCAAAAAGAUAACAAACUUGCUGGAAAUACUUCUAGUAAAAAAUCAUCGAGCGAGAAUUCCAAUUCGAGCUCUGAUUCCAAAAAUCGACUCAUCGCUGGCAGUAAAGAUGAUUCGAUUCAAAAACCACUCGUUUCAAACGAACAUAAACUUCAUUCUCCUGAUAAUAAUGUUCCUAGUACGUCUGAAUCGAAAGAUGAUAUUUCCAACGCUUCCAAAAAAUCUAGAUCGUUAUUCUUCACCGAAAAAGAACUCUUCGAUAGUGAUUCUGACGAAUCCGACGUGAUCGCUAAUAAAACUGCAGUACCGAUUUCACCUCCCAAUAAAAUUAUUGCUCCGAAAGAAACUGAUCAAAUUACACCGUCUUCGCCAUCCAAAGAUGAAAAAUCAAAUGAAAAUCUAGAGGAUAAUAGCGCUACUAAGAAAACAUCUCCGAGUUCAAAAAUGGAUAAAAUUAGUCCCGCUGUGUUUGAAAAAUACGAUGAUGCCGCAAGAAAACAGAGCAAAGAUGAACAAGAUGGUAAUUUAUUUGCGAAAAGUGCCUCAUCAGAGCCUGUUUUGCCAGUUCGAAAUACUCCAGGUAAGUUGGCGAUGGGUCGAGGUUUAAAUAUCAACGUUAACGCGUUACUCCCGGGAAGCAACUGGUCAUCAAAGAAUAAACAGAAGCAGACCGCUGAACAGGUUACUUCAGAUGAAAAACGAGAUAGUGAGCCCGCCGCCAUUCCCAGUAAAACUCAAGAUGUUUCCGAGAAACCGUCUGCAUUAUUGAACAACGUUAUCAAAGAAAGAGCAAAAGUAACGGGCAAAAGACGUCCACCUUCUCGACAAGCACGUAUUAGUAGAAUAUUGACCGAAGAUGUAUUCGGUGGUAGUGGAUUUGGAACAGAAUCUUUGCAAGAAGAGGAGAAAUCUAAUGUUUCCUUCGAGUCGCCAAAAAAUCGUGAUCAAGUCAGAGUUGAUGAAUCGAAGAAAUCAGAAAAAGGAGUUACGCUCAAAGAUGAUCUUUUUGGUGGUGAUGAUGAAGGCAAAAUCGAUGAUUUAUUUGGUAUUAGUCGGAGUAGGAAGGAGUCCACCAUCGAGAAACCGAGUGUAAUUACUAACAAGGCUGUAUCGAAUGUGUCAAAUUCGCUCCAAGGAAUUGACAUCGAUUUGAAUUUGGAUGUAAAUCCCUCGUUAAAUCGUUUACCAAAUCUUACUAAAGAUCGUGCUAAACCUCAAAAACGUCCCUCGCAACCGAAAAAAACACCAUCUAACGUUGCCUCUGCAGUCGUAGAGGAGCAAGUCACAUCAGCUGAAUCGAAAUCUUCAAAACCAGACGCUGAAAAAUUAGAUGCACGCGUGGAAAAAAGUUCUAGCAUAUCAAAUUCAUCUAAACAAGAUGUAUCGAGUUCCGUCGUUAUUCAUAGUGCGAAAAGUAUAUUCGAUAGUUUAGACGAUGACGAUGAUGGGGAUGACGAUUUAUUCGAAAAUUUAAAAUCUAAAAAAAUAAUCGAAGAAAAAUCAGCGGCGACUAAAGCUGAAGUGAAAGUAGAAACAAAAAAACCGUCCCAGUCGAAUCAACAACCAGUAGUUACAAAACCUAAAACAAAUUCAAAAAUUAAUAUAUUUAACGACGACGACGAAGGCGACGAGUUGUUUGGUUCGGCGAAAAAGAAACUAUCUGCCAAUAAACUAUCUAAGAAAAGUUCUCUGUUCGAAGACAACGACGACGACGAUUUAUUUGGCGCUAAAACGUCCACAUCAUCUGGUCGAAAGUCUACAGCGCCUGCAACUACUUCAUUGAAAACUAAACCUUUGAAUGAGAAACCCCGUAUCUUGAAGCUGCGAAGUGAAACCGUGCAAAAAGAUCCGUUAACUGGAAAGGAUUUAAGCGGUCCGCUUUAAAUUAUUAUAAUCAUUAUUUUUUUUAUCAAAUAUUUUAUUUUCUCAUCAUGUUCAAAAAGUUCGAAGACUGUUCAUGAAAUUAUCGCCAUUUUUUCAUUAUCCAAAGUCAUCAUGAAAUCAAUUUUAAGACUUAUUUGUAAGUGCCUUAAAAUUCUUCUAAUUGUUUUAUAAAGUUCAUUCGCAGCAAAAAUAUUUAUUUUGGUACGAUGUGAAAAAUUUUCAACCAGUUGUGAUUGCAUGUACAGUGUUAUGUUUUAUUACGUAUUUAAAAAUGAGUUUAUUUUUAAACGAAUUUCAACUUAUUUUACGAGCUUGUAAUUUUCUUCGUAAUCUUCGCGUAUAUCGAAAUUAAGAAGAAGUUUAUUUCAAGGUGUACAUCGUAUUACACAGUGUUAUAAUCAUGUGUUAUUUUGUAGUAUAUAAUAGUAGAAUAAUAUGAAUAUCUACCUAUAUAUGAGCUAAAUGAUAUGCUAAAUAUGUGAUUUUCUUACUAACCAUUUCAACGUGAUGUUACCAUAUUAUUUAUUUAUACGUUAAAUGGCCUGAAUUUAUUGAGGAUUUGAUAUCCGCUGUUUUUCCUGUUGUUUGAUACAUUUUUAAGCGUUUUCAUUCAUUUAGUAUUUUUAUCUAUAUGUGGCCGUUUUUCGUCAUAUCCUCAGUUUUUUUUUAUACAUACCUAAUUAUAUUAUUUUUAUGCAUGUUGAAGAAUUUCAUUUUUUAUUCCAAUAAAAUAUUUAUUUUCAUUGAAA